CAGCGCACAUAGUGAAAGUACGUGCUCAGCGUAACCUGCGAGCCGCUCUACAGAUAUUAACAUGGCUCGGCGGCCGAGAAACAGUGUUUACAGUAGCGAGGAGGAUGAGGAGGAGAACGAGAUGUAUGAACAUGAUUAUGACGGCUCGAUGGCCAAGGCAGGGAAACGCCACCUUGGCAAAACACGCUGGACACGAGAAGAGGAUGAGAAGUUGAAGAAACUUGUUGAACUUCAUGGAUCAGAAGAUUGGAAAAUCAUUGCAAGCUUACUAACUAACCGUACAGAUGUGCAGUGCCAGCACAGGUGGCAGAAAGUUCUUAACCCAGAGCUCAUCAAAGGGCCAUGGACCAAAGAGGAGGACCAGAGGGUGAUUGAGCUGGUGCAGAAAUAUGGAGCCAAGCGCUGGUCGGUGAUCGCCAAGCACCUGAAGGGGCGCAUUGGCAAGCAGUGCCGAGAGCGCUGGCACAACCACCUGAACCCAGAGGUGAAGAAGACGUCGUGGACUGAGGAGGAGGACCGGAUCAUCUACCAGGCACACGAGAAGCUGGGCAACCGCUGGGCUGAAAUCGCAAAGUUGCUCCCUGGCAGGACUGACAACGCUAUAAAGAACCACUGGAACUCCACCAUGAGGCGAAAGGUGGAACAGGAGGGUUACCUUCAGAGCGCGGCUAAGAACGGCAACUCUUCACUCUCCAUCAGCCAUGGCUACGUCAAGACCAACAAUCACAUCAUGGGUUUCUCCCACCACUCACCGAGCCACGCGCAGCUGCCUCCUUUGUCGCCACUCAACUACGCAUACAUCUCCGACACACACAGAGUACCGCUCCCCAUGGCAUGGCAUUUGAACAUCCUUAACAUUCCCCAGCAUGGAACCGCUGCUAUACAGAGACACUAUAGUGAGGAAGACCCUGAGAAGGAGAAGAGGGUAAAAGAGAUCGAACUGCUGCUCAUGUCAACAGAAGAUGAGCUGAGAGGCCAGCCGUCACUACCAAUGAGUUUGUCCUAUCCGAGCUGGGUCAGCCAGAGCUCUUUGACCAACAGCUCAGAGGGUUUAAUGCUAUUACCUCAUCACCAGGCAGCCGCCCCUGCCCUGCCUCUCGACCAGAGCUGCCUACCCGAGGAGAGCGCCUCUGCAACACGUGCCCACAGCAAUAACAGCAGCAAUUGUAACAACAACAACAACAGCCAUCACAGCAGUCCGACGUUCUCAAAUACUAUUCCAGAGUUCAUGGAGUGUGUCAUUGAUUCGUUUCUCACCCAGUCGAUGAGCCCAGAACACUCCGACAACGACAGUUUACCAAUGAGCUCGCCUGUGGACACCAAGCCUCUGAUCGACCACACUAUCAGGCACCAGAAGGAGAAUGAAAUGUUCAGAACUCCAAACAUUCGUCGUUCGAUCAUGGAGUCUUCUCCUUGUACACCCACACCGUUCAGGUCAGCCCUGGCCAUGCAGGAGGCCAAGUACGGACCCCUCAAACUACUGGAGCACCAGAUGGUGGAUUCCAUCAAGCAGGAGCCGAUGGAGUGCGCCAUUGAACCGCCUCCUCUGAAAAAGAUAAAACAAGAGGUGGAGUCCCCAUGUGAGAGGAGCCCGUGUAUGCAGUGGGAAGGACAAGACCUUCACACGCAGCUCUUCUCCCCUAACGGCCCCGCACAGGAAGUACCUGACCUACUCACAAGCUCAUUACUGAGUGAAGAUGGACACAAAGCCUACCACGUUCCUCGCAGAGGCAUGGGCAGCCCACUACAGCAGCAGCUCAGCUCCUGGGAACAGGUGACCUGUGGGAAAACAGAGGAGCACGUUUUGGCCUCGGAGCAGAGCCACAAGUACAUCAGCACUUACCCUACGAGGACACUGGUCAUGUAGACAGAGACACAUGUUGAACUGGAAAGAUCAACAAUCCCUGCGCUGGACGCAGCGCCGCGGAUACAUUUUUGUUGUGGUACAACAGUUGGGAGAGGCUCUAUGCCAUUGGUGUUUUUACACUCACACUUGUUGGAUUUCAACCAACCAAAGACUUGAUAUUUUUAAAUCUUUUUAUAUAGAAUCUUCUCUGGGUUUUAUUGUACGUCAUUUUACUUUUUGGUCUUGUCACUGUGUUAUUAUUAUCCAUGUUGUAUUAUAAAUGGGAAACUUUUGGUGGCUAUAUAAUUUGCAUUGGGCUGUAUUAUUAAUUCCAUAUUUUGAUAUUAAUAUAAAGAACAAGUUGAUUAAUUUAUUUCCUUUGUUUUAAUAAUGACAAUGUUGUUUGUUUUUUUUACAAUUGGCCUAUGGAUCAGUGUUGUAAGUUAAGUAUUUAAGCCCUGUUAGCAUUAUCAGAAAUCCAAAGGCAUAUUAAUGAAUUCAAAACUGACCUCUGUAUUUCAGUCAUGCAACUUUUCGUUGUUGUUUUUUUCCUUUCUCAUUUUUGAAAAGGCUACAAUGUGUCUACUGAGAAUUUCAAGUGUUUGGUCUGUGCCACCCCAUGUAAACACUUUACUACUGAGCAAGGACAGCUGCAUCUGUUCCUACAUCAUGAUUCAACUAUGAAUGAUCAUGUUUUACACAACAGAAGGGGCCAGCCUUAUUAGUAUUACCUAACUACCUACAUAUUGGCACCUUUAUUUCAUAUAAAUUGAGUUUUCAUUUCAAUUAUCAAUUUAUUUCUGGCAUUCGCAGUAUCCUGCAUAGGGAAACAUUCAGUGAACAAACAUUAAAUGUGUUAAAAAAAAUAAGUUUAUAUAUUUAUACAUUUAAAAAUGAGCUUAUAUGUUUGAAACCAUGAGCUUCACCCAGUAAGAGUAAGACCAAGCUGCACUUGAAUCACCAUAAAAAGCGAGAAUACACUGAUAUUUUAUAUUAUGCUACAAACAAACCCUGAUCGAAACUUUUGUAUGGUUUUUGUUUUCAAACAUUUCUUUAAAUUGUUUUGUAUUGUUGUAAAUGCAUAUUCAGUAAGCAUUUUGUUUUCUUACUAAGACUGCAGUAGCCCAUGUCAAACACUUAGCAGACAUUCUUUUUAUACGGCUUCUUUUUAUACUAGCUUUUUGCAAAAAUGAUUUUAUAAAAGCAUUUUAUACAUGCCAAGUUUUUAUG